GGCGAAACUGAGUCUGAUAAGUGGUAAUUCAGUCACCAAAUCUUAUGGAGCAUCUAUCCUGUACCAGGCACUGGAGACACAGCAGUGAAAAAAUAGAAUUGCCAUUAAUGCUGGGGAUUUUCAGACAAACUAUCCCUAAAAACAGCCUUUUCUUGCCUGGGAGAAUGUUUACGUGAAUGUUAAUAGUGCUUAUCUUCUGGGGUGAAGUAACCAUGCAGGCAUUUCUAAAAGGCACAUCUAUCAGCAGUAAACCACCAUUGACUAAGGAUCGAGGAGUAGCUGCCACUGCCAGAAGUAGUGGAGAGAACAAGAAAGCCAAACCUGUUCCGUGGGUGGAAAAAUAUCGCCCAAAAUAUGUGGAUGAAGUUGCUUUCCAGGAAGAAGUGGUUGCAGUGCUAAAAAAGUCUUUAGAAGGAGCUGAUCUCCCUAAUCUCUUGUUUUACGGGCCACCUGGAACUGGAAAAACAUCCACUAUUUUGGCAGCAGCUAGGGAACUCUUUGGGCCUGAACUUUUUCGAUUAAGAGUUCUUGAGUUAAAUGCAUCUGAUGAACGUGGAAUACAAGUAGUUAGAGAGAAAGUGAAGAAUUUUGCCCAGUUAACUGUGACAGGAAGCCGUUCAGACGGGAAGCCAUGUCCUCCUUUUAAAAUUGUGAUCCUGGAUGAAGCAGAUUCUAUGACCUCAGCUGCUCAGGCAGCUUUAAGACGUACCAUGGAGAAAGAGUCUAAAACCACCCGAUUCUGUCUCAUCUGUAACUACGUCAGUCGAAUAAUUGAACCUCUGACCUCUAGAUGUUCUAAAUUCCGCUUCAAACCUCUGUCAGAUAAAAUUCAACAGCAGCGAUUACUAGACAUCGCUGAUAAAGAACAUAUCAAAAUCAGCAAUGAGGGACUAGCUCAUCUUGUUAAAGUGUCAGAAGGAGACUUAAGGAAAGCCAUUACAUUUCUUCAAAGUGCUACUCGAUUAACAGGUGGAAAGGAGGUCACAGGAAAGGUGAUCACAGACAUUGCUGGGGUAAUACCAGCUGAAACAAUUGAUGGAGUAUUUGCUGCAUGUCAGAGUGGCUCUUUUGACAAACUAGAAGCUGUGGUAAAGGACUUAAUAGAUGAGGGUCAUGCAGCAACUCAGCUUGUAAAUCAACUUCAUGAUGGGGUUGUAGAAAAUGAUAACCUUUCUGAUAAACAGAAGUCUGUUAUUACAGAAAAACUUGCUGAAGUUGAUAAAUGCUUAGCAGAUGGUGCUGAUGAACAUCUACAGCUGAUCGGCCUCUGUGCAACUGUCAUGCAGCAGUUAACUCAGAACUGUUAAAAUAUAUUCAGUAUGUAUUUUUGUGAACAAUUUAAAAUAAAAUGACUAAAGCACUUUUAAAGUGAAUAUACAAUUUAUUUAACAUUCAAACUUCAUUAAGACAUGUGCAAUAUGGCAAUUUUACUGGGGUAAACGUUUAACCCUAUCUAGGAUGAUUGCUUGCUGGGGCUUAGCAACAGGGUCCAGUUCACACUUAGCACUAAUUAAAUACUUUAUUGAAUAAAUAUAAUACCAAACAAAAUGCAUUCAAAUGCUUUCUAAAAAAAUCAAUUUUAAAGGCCUUUCUAUUCAGGCUAAUGACAAACACAAUAAAGGCAGAUAUGCUAGUUUAACAUAAUUGGCUGAUUUUAUACAGCACUUAUAUCUUUUAGUCCACAAGUAUAUUAUUAAAUGAUAGAGAACAUCUAAUACAACCAUUUCUACAGAACUAGGAAAUAAAUUUCUAAGAAAGAAAGAUUUUACAGACCCCAUCUUUUAUACCCACCCCAACAGUCUAACUCUAAA